UUAACUUUAUAUUGAUGUACUUCUCUUUAAAGAUUCUCAUUCAGAACUGGGUUGAGUGGCAAGACAAUUUUGAUGUCGUUGGGUCCUGGUCAUACACAUCUAAGAAAGUAGACUUAUCCUAGUAUACUAGUAAACUGUGCAUCAGGAAAACACGCAGUACAAUGGCCAAUACGUAUGUUGUUAUUGCUGCAUCGGUUCUUGUCUGCAUUGGAUUAAUUGGAAAUUCUAUCACCGUGUGUUUUGUUGCUGUAUCCAAACGGCUGCACACUCCAACAUACGUCCUGAUUGGAUGCCUAGCAGUGUCAGACGUACUCGCCUCUGUGACGCGAUAUAUUCAAGUAUUUGACAAUUCUCUUUUUAAAGAAUAUUCACACAGACAUAUAUAUGGGAUAGUCACCUUUUUAUUUCUUCACUCGGCAUUUUUCCAUAUGGUGUUAGUGUCAUAUGUACGUUUUGUUUUCAUAACAAAUCCUCUCCACAGUUUGACACUGACUUGUAAAAAAAUUUUGUGGAUGUCUUUUGCCGUUUGGAUAAGCUCUAUUAUCGUUUCCAUCGGAUACGGAGCAUUUAAAGUGCUAGAUUUAAUGAACAUGAUAUCUUUGGAAACAGCAAAGUUUACUGAGGUUGGGUUUGGUUUGUAUGUUUGUGGUUUACCAUUUAUUAUUGUAGUUAUUUUUAAUGUUCGAAAGCUGUAUUAUCUGUACAACCAAACAGCUUUUGUUCGACGAAACAAAAUAGCAAAUUCGAUGUCGUUGAUGUUUUGGAUUAUCAUUGUGAUUUAUCUCCUUAGCACAAUCUAUCCUUUAAUUUACACAAUUAACUAUGCAUUGUUAAAUAGUACACUUUUUGAUAUAAGGUUAAACUUAGUUCAUGUUAUGUUUUCUUUUUCGUUGCUUGUCAAUACUUGUUUGAAUCCUUUGAUAUAUUUCAUGUUUUCACCCCCUGUUUUAAGAUGUCUAUCCGGAUUUAAAACAUGUUGUAAUUAUGGCACAGAUCGUCGCAUAAGCAAUCAUAGAUCGUGUCCGCAAGUGGAAUAGGUUGGUAAACUAUUUUUUUCCUUAACCAUCUGACGUCACUUCUCUCUGGUUAUUGUGAUUUCCGUCAUCAAAUAAAAUCGUUUUCGUUCGAAGAAAAGUCGGUGAUAGUUUUAAGUUUAAUAUAGGGUCUGCCGAUUUCAAAGCCGAAUGUAUGUAGCUCCAUGUCUGCAAACAUUUUUAUUGAAGGACAUAGACUUUAAUUUUGUUUCUUAUUAAAAAGUUGCAAUUUACAACACACUGAGAAUUGCGCUAAUUUUUGACUGAUUAAGCUUAUUUCCACGUUUUAACUCGUACGAAGUUUUAGCUCCAAAGUCGUCCAACCAUCAUCUAGACUGCGAGCUACAGACCUGCAAAUAGACAUGUUAUACACUUAACAAUAUUGCACAUUUUUUUUGAAUUAUUAAUAAUUAAUGUAACAUUCAUUUAAAUUUAAGCCUAUGAAAGAAGAAUAAUG